CAACCACCCAUAGAAGAAGCGAUACGACUUUUUGCGUAUCGGACGACAGUAACCCUCAUCUAAACAAGCAUCACCAAUGUCUACUACAUUUCAUCUCUUCCCUCUGUUGCCAGCAGAAAUUCGGUCGGCGAUAUACAAUCUGGCCACACCGCCUAGGGUCGUUUUUGUCCAUCAACAAGUCGAAAGCUUUGAAGACUUCAAAGCGAGGUUACCACACAUCACAAUCGCCGAGCGUAAUGUGCGCCCGGAUGUCGAUUAUGCUUCAUUCUACGAGCUUCUUCGUCAGGCAUCGGCCACUCUUCGUCAUCACAGGCGUAAAUUCUUCAAGCAAACCAAGCUCGAGGCCUAUGGAUUCACCAACAACAAGAAGGCGGGGUUCUCCUGGGAAUUUGAGUCCAUGAUGCCUUUCGAUACGCUCAUGCAUUAUCCCAGAUUGGCUUUUCCCAUGUACCGAAAGACUAUUAUCUCCUGCCAAGCCGCUAUUCCACCACUUCUACACACUUGCUCCGAGUCGCGUUCCUUGCUUAUCAGCUACGGCUACGAGCUUGCGUUUCCUUCUACUGCCCAAGAUCCACAGGUGUGGUUUAACUUUGGCCGAGAUAUACUGCUAUUGGAUGACGACUUUGACUGCGAGAUUGCUGAUCCGUACACGUAUGGACCGCAAGAAACGGAAAUUGAAAGAAUUCCACAUACUUUUCACCAUUUUAGGCCUCGAGAUGUCGAUCGACUCCAACGAUUAGCAUUGACCAACCAUACCCACUACAGCCGUAUGUUUCUUGGCCACAAGCUCUGCCCAAAGCUAAAAGAACUUAUACUUGUUGAGUGGGAUGCCGAAGAAUCCGAACAAGCUCUACGCCAAUCAGUUGUUGAUCCAGCCCUGCUUCGCCCUGUUCCAAACAUCCAGCAAGCUUAUCAUAAAGGAGAGCAACUGUGCAUACUACCGGUCGAGGAAGUUGAUGCAUUAUGGACCACACUGGAGUUGGGUGUAUUUGGAGCCGUGGAGGACUGGCAUCCUGCUAUUAGAGAAGACGCAUGGGAUCUCAAACAGCAUAAGCGUGAUAAUGGCUUCCAUAUCCCGUUUAUUAAAGAGAAAUUACGCCAAAUGAAAGAAGAAUAUGUGCAACGGAGAAAAAGCAUCGAAUAUUAUAACAAGGAAUUUUACAAGCCUUACCAGAAGUUCCCGGCUAAAGAGGAGGAGUAUCCGCCAUGGAGUAUACAUCAGUUGAGUUUUGCGCAUAUUUGCACACCUCAUACUGCGACGAGGAUAAUGGCAACUCGCUUGACUUUCAUGGAGCAGUUUACUAAGCUCAGGGCGGAGGCACUGCAUGCAAAUGAUGAGUUUGAGCUCCCAUGGAUCAAACAGCAUCGCUUACCGCCUCCUUUUGUCUUGCAGAAAUAUAGUAAUUGGCCCGCUGUCAAUGAAUCACGACACAGUACAGAGCUGGAAUGGUGGAUAAAGAACGGACUACCCAUAUUUGACAAUUCUUUGCCAGUCUAGGCAAAUAUACACUCGCAUUUCUUGCCUAAAGCGUAUAUUUAAGGCGUAUGAUCACCAUGAAAAAUGUAUAAUUAUAGUUCUAGCCUAUUUCCUAUAAUCUAUAAAUGAGCAAUGCAAGUAUACAAGUAAUCCAUUAUGCCA